AUGCAAUUCACCAAAUCCACUCUCCUCACUCUCCUCCCCCUCCUUCCUCUCACCACCGCUGCCGACGUCUCAACCGUCUCCCUCUUCACCUACCACCCAGCGACCACCGCAGGGGCCGACAUCCCCGAAUUCUCUCUCGCCAGCGUCCCUCUCGGCGCCUCCAUCAUCAGCGCCAACCCCACAGCCACCACCAUGGCCGUCUCAUGCCUCAACGACGAUAACUGCAUCCUGCCCAGCCCCAUCACCGUCACCGCAGGUCCCUCCACAUACACCCUGUCUGCUGUGUACAGCACCAGCAUGGAGGGUGUGCAGGAGGUGCUCACCAUCGUCGAGGACUGCAAGAUCACGGGCGUGACGCAGGGCGCAUCCUGCAGUGUGAGCUAUGGAGUCGAGGCGACGUACAAGGGAGUUAGCACGAGUACGGCGAGCAAUACGCAGAUGAGUAUCGCCAGUGCGGAGAUUGGGUAUGAGACUGUUAGCGUUACUGGGGGUGCUGAUAAGUUGAGUGGUGCGACUGCGACUGGAACUGCUAGUGGAAGCACCGAGACGGGUAUGGCUGGACGCAAUGCUGUCGGGGCUGGAGCUUUGGCUAUGGGUGUGGCUAUUGCUGGGUUGGGAAUGUUGUAG